GAUAAAAAGUCAAAUCGAGAGAGGAAUCCGCAGGGGCAACUGGCAAUUGGCAAGGAGCAAAUUACUCCGUACACCGUGAUGUUCCAGUUCUACUCCGUAAAAAGAAACUUUGCUUUCUUUCCCUCUCCCAUCGGGCCUAGGGUUUCACGUCGUUAGUAACUUGUUACUGGUUCCUCCCCAAUCUAUCUUUCAUCCACAAAAUGCGGGGCGGUUAUAAUUACGAUGCUUUCAUGUCCGGUACGGCGGCCGCCGAAACCCCCGGCGGUUCCCGAUUCCGGUCUCUAGCCUCCUUCGCGCCGCUGCGGCCAUGGCGCGAGCUCUUCGCCCACCCCUCCUCCUAUUCUCUUCCACAUUCCCUCGCCGAUCUGGUCUCCCGCCUCCGCCUGAAGCUCGGCAUCUUCCGCAUGAACUACGCCCUCGCAAUGCUCUUCAUCCUCUUCCUCAGCCUCCUGUGGCACCCCACGUCGAUGAUCGUCUUCCUGCUGGUGUUCGUCGCCUGGUUCUUCCUCUACUUCUUCCGCGACGGCCCACUGGUGGUCUUCAGCCGCAUUGUUGACGACAGGGUCGUCCUGGUUGCUCUGAGCGUCGUGACGGUGGUGUGUCUGGUGCUGACUCACGUCUGGCUCAAUGUUCUGAUCUCCGGUCUGAUCGGAUCGGCGAUUGUUGCUCUCCACGCGGCAUUCAGAGUCAACGACGACCUGUUUCUUAACGAAGAUGAAGCGGCAGAGAGCGGAUUGCUCUCCUUUGCCGGCGGCGGCGGCGGCUCCGGUGGUCUGCCGCCUCGAGUGUCUCCUAAAACUGGAUCUUCAGUGGUAGGGGUAAAUCUGUAAUUGUGUAAGCACUUCCCUUUUGUGUGUGUGUGUGUGUACUCUUGUGAAGAAACUACAAUGUGUGUUUUCGAAUGGGAUUUUCAGUUUUCAUAGAGCAACCAAAAUAAACAUUACAUUCUACAAAACAUAAAGAGUGGGAUGAACUCAUCCUGUGAUUAUUAGCAAUAUU